AUGUCUUCAGUCGUUAGCGACGAUGAUGCCGAAGUUAUAGAUCUGGUUACGUGCAGCGUUUGUUUAUGCGAAUUCGACGACGCUAACCGUAAACCGAAAUUCUUACCUUGCGGACAUACCAUUUGUCUUACGUGUCUCGCGGAAAUUCAACAAAAUCGGCAGAUCCAAUGUCCACUCUGUCGCAAAGUUCACGCCCAUUCAGGUGAUGUGGCCAAUUUGCCGAGCAACAACUACGCCUUACGGCUAGUUCGAGAGAAAAACCAAAACAAAGCAUCACACGAAUCGUUACUCAAGCUUCAAGCUGAACUGGAAGAAAUGAAGGAUCGACGACAAACCAAUUGGGCUGAAGCAAUAGGAAAAAGAACAGAAAUUCAGUCUUACCUGUUUCUAGUAUUAAAUUCGAUCAAGAACGCCGAGAAGGAGAUUCAAGAAAAAUUGGAAGAAAAUGGCCGAGUCAUUGUAGAAUUGACUCGUCAAUGUGAAGGAAGAUGCGAGCGAAAUUCAAGCGUCAAUCCCCCUCGAGAAAAGCCGCGCGUUGAUAAAACGUUAUUGGAACUUCAAUCCUUGAUGAGUAGUCUUCAGUUAACAAUAUGUCCUGAAGAUUCAAAGGAAACAAUCAAAGAGAAAAUGAAGACCUCCGUUGAGGAAAGCAAACAAAACUUGACAUUAGUUUCUUCCGAACUAGAUAAUCUACAGACUUGGAAAAAGGCCUGUCUUACUAUACAAGCGUAUAACGAUACGAACACCACAGUUUCUCCGAUAUGGGAUACGAUUAUCGAAAUGGAUUGGACUAGAACUCCGACGUCGUCCAAUGACUUGAAUCUUUUACUCAUGUCCUACAUGAUUUUCUCUGUUACAAAGCCAUGCGUUGCGCAAGAUGUCUUGACACUUGAUACAGUCUUAGCAGAAGCGCAUGUUUCGACUAAUUGUACGCCAGUCCUAGCAGAAGCACCUGUUUCGACUAAUUGUACGCCAGUCCCAGCAGAAGGGCCUGUUUCAACUAAUUUAACGCCAGUUCCAGCAGAAGCACCUGUUUCGACUCAGACGACAAGAAGAUUCCCGACCAAUUUGUUGCGAUUUCUUCUUCCUCCUUUUCCUCCUCCUCCGAUUUCUUUUUCCUCCGCGGAACUACUAAUACGACGGUUGGAGUCCAGUUCUAGUGACCAUGAAAAUUAACAUCGCUAACGAUUUCCAGGAUGGGCUGAUAGCGAUUGGUAUAGUCAACGUAACGCGUUUAUACUCCAACGUAAUAGCAGAAUUAUUACUUAUUGCUCCAUGAUUGAUAUAAUCUUUUUUUGUAGCAGGUAGCAGCACUAAUCCAAUUAGUAAAAGACAUAAGUAAGAAACAGAAUGAUUUUCUCCUUGUCAUGUUUGGUUUUAGGAUUGUAUGGUUACACAACUGGAACUUCUUGAUGUACAAUUUUCUUGUAUUCACUAUGUGGUAAGCUUUGCAAAGAGACUUUCUUUUAUAUGUGGGGCAAAGCCUUUCUAUACUGACGUGUAAUUUUUUAUCACAAUUAUUGUAAUUUUAAUCGAAACAUUGUGAUAUGUUGUUUGUCAAUACCAAUAACUGCACAUUAUACCAACACUGUUUUCUGCUUAGGGGUAUCAUCCACAUUAUUAAAGUAAAUUAGCCAACUCACAUGUUAGGGAUAGGGUGUAUGUUUUUUACCAUGCCCAGUGAACAUUUUUGUUGUUGUGGUUCUCAUUAAUCUCUUGAUUCAUCCACUAAUGUCCCUGGCAAAUGUAUUACAUGGACAUCUUAGGAAA